CGCUGAAUAAAGCGUCAAGGCACAGCACGCAAACUCCGGCCGGGGUGUAAGGGGAGGGAGCUACAGAGGACGUGAAAUGUUCGGAACAAUCCCCCGGGACUUUACGCCGUUCGCUCCAUCGAACCCCAGUGGCCGAGGAGUCGGCGCCGCGCACUGGAGGAUGUCGUCGGGAGACUCAGAAAGGUUAAAGGAUAAUCGUGGGGGAGAGGUACCACCGGAGCACGAGUCAGCAGAUCGCUUCUAAAUGUGACUUGCGGGCUGACAGCGCCCGGCUUCCAACAGAGCCUAGACGGGCUGCCAGUUACCGAAAUCGACAUCUUGUGAGAACCCGUGUCUGAGUGCAGCGAUCACGUUUAGAGCUACAGGGUGACUGUUAAGUGUCGCUGGGAUGUACACGGCAAACGAUUUCCAAUGGCGUCCGCGGAAUGCUAUCACCCUCUGGAAGUGAGCGACAGCGACCUCGAGCUCACCGACCAUGGCUGCCGGCCCCAGCUGACGGCCAACGGGGCCAUAGGCGUGCCCUGCGCCCCCAACCUUUCAGCACCAAGGACAGAUCCGCCGCCCAACGGGGACCAAGAGCUGGAGACCUCCUUCACCUUCCGGGUUGACCAGCUGAGCGCCAACCCCUGCAGUCUCUCGGCCGCAAGCAGGUGCCCGGGCGGGCCUGAGGUGGUGCCCAGCCAGUGCAGCCGGGACAGAGCCCACGAAACAUCACCUCGCUCUGAGGAGGAGCCCGAAGCCGAGGCGAAUGGACAGUCUGUUGACUAUGGCUUCAUGGUGGCGCUGGUUUUCCUGGUGGCCGGCAUCACCCUGGUGGUUAUCGCCUACGCUAUUCCGAGAGAGUCCCGAGUGGAUCCGGACACGGUCACAGCUCGGGAGAUGGAGAGGCUGGAGUUACAUUAUGCCCUUUUGGGCUCUCACUUGGACAAAUGUAUCAUCGCUGGCCUGGGUCUCCUCACUCUGGGAGGCAUGCUUCUCUCCCUGCUGCUCAUGGUUUCCAUCUGUAAAGGUGACCUCUAUGGACGGAGGAGCUUCAUAGUGACUGGCAGGUCUAGGAAGACCUACGGGUCCAUCAACCUGAGAUUGAAGCCAUUGGACAGCGAAGGUCACCAGUCAUUGGUAGAGUCGGAGGUAGUCCAGGUGUCUGAGAAUCUUGGCUAUACUGGAUCCUAAAGGAACAUGUUGCUCACCUACCCCCUACCUCCUCCCUUAGUCCCUUCACAACUAGGCAUUUACAUGGCCUCCCUAAUUAAGAGAGUAUUUAAAUGCAUGUAUUUAUUAUACAUUUUUUGUGCGAUGCAGUACAACAUAACAUACUCGGGUCUUUCCCAGUGAACCAUGCAGCAAAGCUCCAACAUUCACCAAAUGAUGAAUUUCGUCACCAGUCCAAGGGAUGCAGUCCUCCAUCAGGGAGAGAUCGGUGCAAAAUUCAUGCAAUCUCUCGUGAACAGUAAUCAGCAAGGGAGUGGGAGAGGAGUCGGUGGUUGGGUGAGAACAAUCCUUGCAGAUUAGAGUGGUUCCGUGCAGAUCUCAGUGCAUCUACUGCAAAAAAAAAGUCACCUACCAGGCCCCAAACGUAUUCAUAGAAUUGUUAGCACAUUAGAGACUGUCAAGACUAUGGAGACCAGGCCAGUAAUUUUGUACAGGAUGGUUACCAAAAGGAUUUGAUCCUGCACUAGUUUAAACACAUACAGAUUGAUCACAGACCCUCAAGUCAAAGGCAGGUUGCAGCUCAUACCCUAACCCUAAUUUUGAUCACAGAAAUAUAAAUACAUAUAAAGCCUCUCAUGACUUCAGGAUGGCUCCAAGAUUUUUACAAAUAAACAAUUCCUGAACUGUCCUAACUAUUACAGCAUUAAGAAGACCCAAAUGUAAUGUGAGCUCCCAUAGACAAUGAAGUGAUCAUGAUUACUGCUUACCCAAGGGAUAGACAUUGUCCAAGUUACCAGGAAUCAAUCCCUUAUCAUUCAUGAGACUGAGAGCAUAGAACUUAGAUCAGUACAGACUUUUCAGUUCAUGAGGUCAUGCCAACCCUUUAACCUUCUCUAAGAUCAAUCUAACCCUUCCUUCCCACAUAGCCCUCCAUUUUGCUUUCUUCCAUGUGCCUGUCAAGAGUUUCUUUGAAGGUCCUUAAUGUAUCUGCCUCUACCACCACCCCUGACGGCAUCUGUGCGGCUGCCACUGGAGUAUCGCAGUUAGCGUGACACUAUUAUAGCUUGGGCUAGAGUUCAGAGUUCAACUCUGUCAAUGUCUGUAAGAUGUUUGUACAUCCUCCCUGUGAGUGCAUGGGUUUCCUCCGGGUGCUUGGUUUAGUCUCACAGUCUAAAGAUAUAUCAGUUGCUAGGUUAAUUGGUCACUGUAACUUGCCCUGUGAUUAGGCUAGGGUUAAAUAGUGGGUUUCUGGGUGGCAUGAUUUGUUGGGCUGGAAGGGCCAGUUCUGCACUGAAUCUCUAAAUAAAUAAUUAAAAAUAAAUUUACAUACAACUUAGAACAGUACAUGGUGUUUUGCAAUCUUUUAAUCUAUUCCAAGAUCAAUCUAAUCAUUCCAUUCUGCAUAGCUCUUGAUUUUUCUGUCUUUCAUGCACCUAUUUGUAAGAGUUUGUUAAAUGUCCUUGACGUGUCUGUCUCUACUACCAACACUGACACCACAUUGCAUGCACCAAACACCCCCUCUGUGAAAAAACCUACUCUGAUAUCUGGGGGGCGAUAGGUGGAUGA